CCAAUCUGCAUUUCUUGCAGAGCGAAAGAGCCUAGCACCCUUACGAUGGAAUCCGAGGGCGUAGACGACACCGUCGACUUGAUCGACAUCAGAACCGACCCUAGAGCUCUAUGGAUCAAGGACCGCCUCACCUCCUUCAUGGGUCUUACCGAUGAGGACCUGUUCUAUAACAUGUUCGAUGAGCCGGGAGUCACGGAGAUGUUUUCCAAGUUCAUUGCAGCCCCUAUUGGACCCACGGAGCUGGGGUUGGAUAAAAAGACGUUUUUUAUCACGAAAAUUCUUGUUGACAAGCUCAUUCAUGAGGAUAAGGAGUUUACUGAAUGGAGGCUCAUCCCCCCUCCACCGCCUCCACCGCCCCCGCCGCCGUCGAAGAAGAAAGGGAAGGGUAAGAAGGAGAAGGUACCAGAGCCAGCAGCCCCUUCGGCUUCGGCUGACAAGCUCGACAUUGCCAGCGUGAAAAGUCUCAAGAGUACGAGGAGCCUUAAGAGUGUCAGGAGCAUUAAAACCCUAGGCUCAAAAAGCAUGAAAGGUAUUGCUGAAGGAGAGAGUGGAGAUGAUAUCGACAACACGGCCGUGGCCGGCAUAGAAGAGAGCGAGAUAGAGGGAUCGGACCUCACACUCAUAGAGGAACAGAUGCCGUUGAAAGCAGAGGAUUCUUACUACUUCCCGCCACCACCCGAAGACAUAGAUCCGGAAAUCGACGGAACUAUUGAAUAUUACACGAUUAUUAGACCAGUACCCCGCAUCAUCAAGUACCCUAAACUCGUACCCAUUUUCGGCGCGUUCACCCCACAAGUGUCAAACCGAAAAUGCCGUUACAUAUACUUCGUGAGGCUGGCCCCUCAUGGAAUCCCGCUGGCUGCUACCCCACAGAUCACAAUGGCCACUAUGCCUGACAAGUUUCUAGUUGGAAUACUGUCGGGAAAAGUUCUUAUGAGCUUGGGAUUGCAGUUAAAAGAGUCGUUCAUACCGCUAUUCAAGAGGCAGUUCCGAAACAUCUCCAUCGCGGAUGAGGACGACGAUGGGGCUCCGCUGACACGCCAAGUGUCCUUCGCAGGGGGGCACGGGGAUCGGGAAACUGACGAAGGAGCAACACAGGUGAACUACCUACGCCCUUCAGACUAUCGCAGGAUGUCGAACAUAGCAAGAGGCGAAAAUGCAGAAAAGAGAAUCAAAAGUAUGCGUGCCGUAUCAGGUGUAGCUACUCCACGGUCUACAAAAUCAAAUUUUGUUACGAUUGACGAGGAAGGCGAUCACAUACCAACCCAAGGCAAGACGGCAGCUGACGAAGUCACAAACGAUAUAGCAGAACUCAUCGGAAUCGUAGAUUGGACCACAGAGCACAUCGAAGGCGAGAUCCACCUUCCCAUGCCGGUUAUUCCAGCUCUGCAAGAAGAACAAGUGAUGCCGGACCUGAAAGACGAGGAGUUUGUGGAUCAGCUUCAAGAGGCCGUCAACAUGUGGGCGAACCAUAUCGAUGAGACCAUCAAGGCUUGCUUGGGAAAGACUCGGCAAGGCGAUGGGCCGGUAGCCGAAUACAGGUACUGGCGAGAAAGAGACGCAGAUUUGUCGCUGCUGGUGGAGCAACUGAAACAGCCGAUGGUGGUCAAGAUCAUGGCGCUGCUUCACAAGGCAAAGCCUAAGGCACUAGAUAGUUUCAUGCGCUAUAAAGAUAAUUUGCUUGAGCAAUACAACCUGGCGGGAGACAAUUUGAAAUUCCUGUCGACCUUAAUGCGGUUUUUUAAUGUUAUAGAAGAUGACUCCCCUCUCACCCAAGUGAUAGAAAUGCUUCCAGAACUGGUGGAAAGCAUCUACAUGAUGUGGGUGCUUUCCAAGGGGUACAGAGACGAUGACACCAUGGUGCCGCUGCUUUCUAGGAUAUCCUGGGCUCUUAGCGAUAAGCUGGAGAGAUUCCUGAACGUUCAUAAAUUGUUUGAUAAAUCCAACGAGGAAGUCCUCAGCAUCUCCCGCGCCGGUCAGAAAAUAAUGGAAAUGUGGCAUUCGCUAUACAAGGAGACGCGGCAGCAGAUCGAGAUGAGCGGGAAGGGGGCGAGGUGGGAGUUCGACCAGCCACUACUGUUCACCACCACCGAUUAUAUAGGGGAGGUGGCGAGAGAUCUGGGAGAUGUUAUACAGGUGUUGAUAGACUUCGAGCGAAUCUUUGGUCUGGAACUAGCGUCCAUCAUCAGCGACCCGACACAGAUUGACGAUGUCCGCAAACGUGUCAAGAAUCUCGUCUUCCCGAUCAGAACUAUUGACUUCAGUGUUUUCGUGUACGACAACAAGGAGAACUGGGACGUCAUCAUGGGGGAUUUUUGGACUGAAGUGCGCUAUCUAGAGGAGGAGGCGAAGAAUUAUAUCAAUUCCAGCUUUGGGAAUUUGAGAUCAUCUGAAGAAGCCCUCGACGUACUGCUAAAGUUUUUGGAGUUCGACUCGCGGGAGUCCAUCCGUAACCAACUGGUGACCAAGUUCGACUUUGUGAUGCGCCAGUUCACAAAGGAGCUCACCGUCAUUGAGGAUACUUUUACGCGGUUCCGCAAGAAUCCUCCUUUACUACGGAACCACCCGCCUAAUGCUGGCGCCAUCUACUGGGCACGAGCAUUAUUCAACAAAAUGAAGCGACCAAUCAUGAAGUUCCAAACGGUCCCCGAAUUAAAUGAAUGCGAACAAAAAAAGGAAGCAUUUCUUCAAUACAAAAACAUGUCUAAAGUCAUUAAAGACUAUGAGAACGGGAAAUAUAAGGAAUGGGUUUCUAUCUCUUCAACUUUUGUCGACAAUGUCAUGAAGAAAAACAUUCUAAAAGUUGAAUUCAAGAAGGAAGAAGAACCUACGCCAUCUGGCGCACCAGGAAUGAAACUGACAGCGGCGGGCCGAGCCCAUGUCAAAAAGAAACAGUCCAGCCUGGAAUUACGACCGGCAGAUGUCGUUAACAAGCAAAUCGCUGAAAAACGGAAGAGAGAUAAAGCCCUAAUGCUAAUGAGGUUACCCGGCCAACAUUAUGAAAAUGUCAGAUCGCCGAGCUCUGUCUCACUACUUGCAAAAGAAGGAUUGAUGGAUGUGACCUGGCGAGACUUGACCGUGCACAAGCUAGUACAAGAGUACGACCUGGAGUUCCAUACUCAGCUGGACAAGGACCUGUUCCUGUUGAUACGCGAGGCUGAAUUGAUGGAGCAGCUGGGUUUUGACCUCCCGUCCAACAUACGCGACGUGUCAAUGCAGAAAGCUCGCAUCUACUACGAAUUGGAAGCCCUUACUGAGGUCAUAUCCAUGUACAACAAAACUACGUCAUCCCUUAGUCUCUCGGAGACGUUUCUCAUGAAGCGUCAUCUGUUGGAAAUGGAGCGACACGUGUUGCCGGGUUUGACUAGGCUCAAUUGGAAUGCGCUGGGAAUUAAUGAUUAUAUUAAGGACAUUAGUAAAGGUGAAAAGUCAUUGAAAGCUGUCUACCAACAGUUGAAGAUGGUUGAAAAAGAGAUUGUAUUUCUGAUGCAGCAGUUAGAGAUGUUUGAUUUAUUCCCGGUACUCAAGCCUAAGAAUUAUGUUGAUCCGGUGACGAAACAGCCAGAUGACACGUGGCUAUUUCCUUGCAAGACAUACUUCGUGGAAGUGUCUCACGAGCGACUGGAGCGCGUCGCCCAGCUAUCACGGAUCUACGACCGCAUCGGGCCCAUACUCAUGAAGCUAGAGUACCUGAUACUGGGCUCCAGCACCGGCAAGUCCGACGUGAUGGUCCAGUACUAUGAGUACUGGGAGAAGUACAUCUUUAAGGGGCUCGUUAAGCUUACCCUCGAGAAUCUGGAAAGUUUCCAACAGCAGCUUAGCGACAAAUUCCCUAUGUUCCAAGUGGACGCCAUGCUAGUCCCGCCGGACAUCACUAUGCGACCCACUCCGCCUGAAGUCUGCAACAUAGUAGGCCACGACAUCAGACAUUUCUUCAAUAGGUUAACAUCGUUUCCCCGCUGGAUGAAGAAGACCUGCCUGCCAUGUGCGCCCCAACAAAUAAAGGAAGCCACAGGGAACGAGUUCUACGUGUUUUCGUUCUUUGAGGACAUUCUGAGGGUGAUCUCGGUCAACGACAUCACCCUUCUUAUACAAGACACGAUCUAUCGGUUGACGCAGGACAUUAAUACUUAUAUACAGAAGUGGCAUAAAUACCAGCACCUCUGGGCGUAUGAUAAGAACUUAUCCUGCGAAAAAUACAUACAAAAACACGAACAAAUACAAAAAUACGACGAAAAAUUCUUUUUCUUCGAAGACAUUAUAGCGGAUUUAGACGCGCAUGUCAAAUUUGUUGAUAUCGGUGCUAUAAGAGUUAAUUUGAGACCCAUUAUACGACAAAUACAAGAUCACGCAUUAGAGUGGAAACAAUGUUUGGGGAACAGUAUUGCGACGAAAACUAGAAUGAAUAUGCAAGACUUAAAGAAUCAAAUCGAGACUUUCCGUAUGACGAUGAACAUGAACAUUAAGGGUCUAGAAGAUUUUAAGUUGGUGAUGGCCACUAUUGCCAUGGUACAACAGUAUACCAUCACGGCCGAAGUCAAGUAUAGAGGAAUGCAGGAUAUUUUUAAUAUGCUGAGACAGCAUGGGAUAGAUGUAUCAGACGAGGACCUCCAAUUCGCCAAAAGCCUCCAAGCAUCAUGGGGCACGCUGUACCAAACGUCCCUCUUCCGCGGCAACACUCUUGAACAGACCAAGGAAAAGUUUUCCAAACUGAACGUUAUAGAGAUCGCCAACUUCCUGAAAGAGCUCGACGAUUUCGUGGAAAAGUUCGAUGCUGAGGGACCGGCGACCGUGGGGGAGGAUAUGGACAGGGGACUGCUGCUUAUGGAGGAGUACACAAAACACUUCGACGAGCUAGACGGCAGAAAGAAAGCGCUACAGGCGGCAGAACAGUUGUUCGACAAUCCCCUUGCAGACUUCUCCAACUACAACCGAGCCAAGACAGACUUCCAGUACAUGGACCAGGUGUACAAGAUAUACAAGGCGCAGAAGAACGCAAGGGAAAUAUGGGCAAAGACCCUCUGGGUUAAUCUGAACCCCCAAGCCUUAGUCGACGGGAUUGAACAGUUCUUUAAGGAGUACAGGAAACUAGCCAAACCGGUGCGCCUCAGUCCCACGGGCCUCCAGCUGGACUUGAAGAUGAAGCAGUUCAAAGGCGUCGUGCCGCUCAUGGUGUCUCUCAAGAACGAAGCCAUGCGCGAGCGGCAUUGGAAGGAACUCAUGCACAAGACUGGGCAAACAUUCGACAUGUCCCCCGAACGUUUCACCCUCGAGAACAUGUUCGCUAUGGAGCUCCACAAAUACCAGGACGUGGCUGAAGAAAUCGUCAACCACGCCAUCAAGGAGUUGGCCAUAGAACGCGGAGUGAAGGACGUGCAAGAAACGUGGGCAAACAUUCAGUUCACAGUGGCGCGCCAUUGGAACCGGGGCGAGGAUCGCGGUUACACGCUCAACCCUUGCGAUGAAAUCAUUGUCAAAGUUGAUGACGAUUCCAUGUCACUGCAGAGCAUGGCUGCCUCACAAUUCAUUGGUCCGUUUCUCUCAGUAGUACACACUUGGGAGCGGCGGCUGUCCACCAUCUCCGAAGUGAUAGAGGAAUGGAUGGCCACGCAGCGCAAGUGGCUAUAUCUGGAGGGCAUCUUCGUUGGCGGCGACAUCAGGCAACAGCUACCCGAGGAGGCGAAGAAAUUUGACGACAUUGACAAGGCGUUUAGGAAGAUCAUGCUGGACACUGCGAAGAGGCUGAAUGUCGUGGACUGUUGCUGUAUCUCAGGACGUCUAGAAGAGUUCAUUAAUCUGGGACUAGGGCUGCAAAAAUGCCAGAAGUCGCUGAACGACUACCUGGACUCCAAGCGGCGGAUAUUUCCGCGGUUCUUCUUCAUCUCCACCGACGAGCUGCUCUCGAUCCUCGGCAGCAGCGAGUGCACCUGUGUGCAGGAGCAUAUGAUAAAGAUGUUCGACAAUAUAAAAGCCCUGGACUUGUACGUGGACCACACUAAUCGCCCCGUCGCGGCCAAGAUGAUAUCUGCUGAAGAGGAGAUAAUGGAGUUCCGUAGCGUUGUGUAUACCGAGGGCCGCGUCGAGGACUGGAUGAACCUCGUGCUCUGCGAGAUGCGGCGCACCAACAAGUUCAUCACCAAGAAGGCAAUCUUCUACUACGGGAGGAACUGGCGCGUGCCCAGGACGGAAUGGAUUUUGGAGUACCAGGGCAUGGUGUGUCUUGCAGCCAAUGGUGUUUGGUGGACGGCGGAGACCGAGGAGACCUUCAUCCGCAUCCGCAAGGGCAACAAGAGGGCUAUGAAGGAGCAUCUGCAGGAGCAGAAUGAGCAGCUUGAUGGGCUGGUUGUGAAAGUGAGACAAGAUUUGGCGUCAAACGACCGGCUGAAGUUCAGAACAAUAGCGACCAUCGACGUACACGCGCGAGACAUUAUCGAGAGCUUCGUGCGGGACAACGUGACAGAGGCCGCCGAGUUCGAGUGGGAGAGCCAGCUGCGAUUCUACUGGCUGAAGAGGGACGACAAUCUGUGGAUUCGACAGUGCACUGGAGUGUUCGAGUACGGCUACGAGUAUAUGGGGCUGAACGGUCGGCUAGUGAUCACGCCGCUCACGGACCGUAUCUACCUCACCAUCACGCAGGCCCUCACUAUGCAACUGGGCGGCGCUCCCGCAGGCCCUGCCGGCACAGGGAAGACGGAGACGACCAAGGAUCUGGCCAAAGCUCUGGGGCUCCUGUGCGUGGUCACCAACUGCGGGGAGGGCAUGGACUUCCGCGCCGUGGGGCAGAUCCUCGCCGGGCUGUGCCAGUGCGGCGCGUGGGGAUGUUUCGAUGAAUUUAACAGGAUCGACAUUUCGGUGCUGUCUGUCAUAUCCACGCAGCUGCAGUGCAUCAGAAGCGCCUUACUCAUGAAGCUCAAACGAUUCACGUUCGAAGGUCAAGAGAUAGCGAUGGACAACAAAGUGGGCAUCUUCAUCACCAUGAACCCAGGGUACGCGGGGCGCACGGAGCUGCCGGAGUCAGUGAAGGCGCUGUUCAGGCCUGUGGUGUGCAUCCUGCCCGACUUGGAGAUGAUCUGCAUGAUCUCGCUGUUCUCUGACGGGUUCUUGACUGCUAAGGUCCUGGCGAAGAAGAUGACAGUGCUGUACAAAGUAGCGCGGGAGCAGCUAUCGAAGCAGUCUCACUACGACUGGGGGCUCCGCGCCUUGACCGCGGUGCUACGGAUGGCGGGGAAGAUGAGGCGCGAGGGCGCCGGGCUGCCGGAGAUCGUGGUGCUGAUGCGCGCUCUAAGGGAUAUGAACUACCCCAAGUUCGUAUUUGAAGACGUACCCCUGUUCCUGGGCCUGAUCAAGGACCUGUUCCCGGGUGUGGACUGCCCUCGAGUCGGCUAUCCGGAGUUCAAUGCCAUGGUCCUUGAAGUAUUAGAAAAGGAUGGAUACAUUAUCAUGCCUGUGCAGGUGGACAAGGUAAUCCAGCUGUACGAGACCAUGAUGACACGUCACUCCAGCAUGGUAGUGGGUCCCACCGGCGGAGGCAAGACCGUGGUGGUACAGACGCUAGUCAAAGCUCAGAGCAAUAUGGGUCUGUCCACCAAGUUGCAAGUUCUCAACCCUAAGGCUUGUUCCGUUAUAGAACUUUACGGAAUCUUGGACCCUGUCACCAGAGAUUGGACGGAUGGACUGUAUUCUAAGAUUUUCCGAGAGAUGAACAGACCAGCAGAAGAAGGCGAGCGCCGCUACUCGCUCUUUGACGGCGACGUAGACGCCCUCUGGAUCGAAAACAUGAACUCCGUGAUGGACGACAACAAGCUACUAACCCUGGCCAACGGCGAGCGUAUACGGUUGGCUUCGUACUGCGCACUGCUUUUUGAAGUCGGCGACUUGAAUUAUGCCAGUCCUGCUACUGUGUCAAGGGCAGGAAUGGUCUUCGUCGACCCUAAAAAUCUUGGAUAUGAACCCUACUGGGAAAGAUGGCUUCGUGGCCGCAACAACGAAGAAGAACGCGAUCAGCUAAAGGAUCUCUUCGAUCACUACGUGGCUGGAGCCAUAAACUACAUAGUGUUUGGACUGUUUGGGCUGCAGCAGCAAACGCCUCUGAAGACCAUUGUGCCUCAAACUGGACUUAAUCUGGUCGUGCAACUCUGUUACAUGAUAAGUGGCCUGCUGCCAAACAGAGAAAAUGCUAAUGACCCAGUGGACAAAUCUAUCGUCGAGUGUGUUUUUAUGGUGUCCAUGUACAACAGUUUGGGAGCCGCAAUAGUAGAUGACGGGCGCUUCGACUUCGACAACUAUGUCAAGAAAGCGUGCCCGAUGAUGCUUGUUGAAGAUAAUGUUGAAAAGAAGGCUACUACUAAACAUUUCCCCAUGGGUUUCCCAACGUUGUACGAUUACUGCCUGGAGCUGUCCACGCUGACUUGGGAGGCGUGGGAGUGGCUUAUACCGGAGUACGUCCACGACAGGGAGAUGAGGUUCUCGGGUAUAUUGGUCCCGACCGUUGACACUUUACGGAUGACGUGGCUAAUUAAAAUUAUGGAGAGUGUGGAACGGCCCGUAUUACUCGUCGGUGACACGGGAACUUCCAAAACUGCCAUCAUCAGCAAUUACUUGAGAGGUCUGCCUCCUGAAAAAUACCUGAUCCAGCAGAUGAACUUCUCCUCUCGAACCUCGUCCAUGGACGUACAGAGGAACUUGGAGUCGGUGGUGGAAAAACGAACUAAAGAUACGUUCGGCCCGCCGGUCGGGAAGAAGUUGCUCGUUUUUAUAGACGACAUGAACAUGCCUAUUGUGGACACAUACGGCACUCAACAGCCCAUUGCAUUGUUAAAACUACUCUUCGAGAGGAAAGGUUUCUACGAUAGAGGCAAGGACUUGAACUGGAAGAAUCUCAAGGACAUAGGCUUCCUUGCUGCUAUGGGUAAAGCUGGUGGUGGCAGAAACGACGUGGAUCCCCGCUUCAUCUCCAUGUUCUCGGUGUACAAUCUGCAAUUCCCCGCGGAAAGCACCCUCCGUCAUAUUUACACCUCCAUCAUUGCGGGGCAUUUCGAAAUCUUCCCAGAAGAAAUACAGGAAAUCACCGACAAACUUGUUCAAAUGACGUUGGACCUCUAUAAGAUAAUAAUAGUAGAGCUCCCACCGACCCCCGCCAAGUUCCAUUACAUCUUCAAUCUGCGUGACCUGUCCCGCAUCGCAGCCGGCCUCCUGCUUACACACCCCAACUACUUCAGCGAGAAGCGGGCCAUGGUACGGUGUUGGCGCAAUGAGUUCACACGAGUCAUAUGUGAUCGACUCAUCAACAUGCAGGACAAUGAGCUGAUGCGGACCCACAUGAAGGAGCACAUCGUAAAGUACUUUCCUGAGGAGGAGCCCGUGGUGCUGGAGGAGAUCGUCGUUCCUGACGAGGAAGUCAAGGAAGAGGAGGAAUUAGAUGAGUUUGGCGACCCUAUAGUGAAGGAGAAAAAACCAGAAGAAGCCGCCGCAGCAGACGCGGACGAAACCGUAGAAGAGGAAGUGGAGGAGGAGCAGGAAAGAGAGUUGACGUUGGAAGAGUAUGUGGAACGGGACCCCUUGCUGUUCGGCGAUUACAGGAACGCUUUAGAUGAAGAGGAGAUCCGGUACUAUGAGGAUCUGCUUGACUACGAGGCCGUUUACUUCUUGUUCCAAGAGAUCCUGGAUGAAUUCAACGAGCGCAUCGGCAAGAUGUCUGUCGUAUUGUUCGAAGAUUGUCUAGAACAUUUGACGCGGACGCAUCGAAUCCUGCGCAUGGACAGAGGCAACGCUAUGAUCAUCGGCGUAGGUGGAUCGGGCAAGAAGAGUAUUGCCCGGCUGGCUGCUUUUGCUGCGGGUUGUGAGACGUUCGAGAUCACGAUCACACGCAACUACAACGAGAACACGUUCAAGGAUGACAUGAAGCGGUUGUACAACCAGCUCGGAGUGGAUAACAAGAAGACAGUGUUCCUGUUUAUGGCUGCCCAGAUCCUGGAGGAGGGUUUCCUGGAGUUCAUCAACAACAUCCUGAUGAUUGGCAUGAUACCGGCGCUCUUUGGUGACGAUGAAAAGGAUGCCAUUAUCAACUCUGUGCGAAACGCGAGCGCGGAUGCUGGAUACGGGGUUGCCAAAGACGCCGUGUGGGCAUUCUUCUGUGCCAGAUGCGCUGAUAACCUCCACGUAGUUCUCUCCAUGUCACCGAGUGGUGACAUCCUCCGUAACAGAUGUCGAAGUUUUCCUGGGUUGGUGAAUAAUACUACUAUUGAUUGGCAGUUCCCGUGGCCAAAGCAAGCUUUGUUGGCGGUAGCAAAUGUAUUCUUAGCAGAUGUUGAGAAAAUACCUGAAGAGUUCCGUCCCAUCAUAGUAGAACAUGUUGUUCACGUACAUAUGUCUGUGGCAAGAUAUUCAGUGGAGUUUUUGCUAAGGCUUCGUAGGAACAACUACGUCACGCCGAAGCACUAUAUGGAUUAUUUGACUACUUAUUUGUCGCUGUUAAAUGAGAAAGACUCUUUCAUUAUCGCACAGUGCGAGCGCUUAAUCGGUGGUUUAGCGAAGAUCGAGGAAGCAAACGUGCAGUUAGAAGAUUUAAAUGCCAAGCUCGCUGUCCAAAAAGUCAUCGUGGCCGAGCAGACGAAAGAAUGCGAAGUCUUGCUCAAGGAGAUUUCAGUCGCAACGGAUGCCGCCGUGAGCAAACAGCAAGUCGCAGCUAUAAAAAGCGCUGAAAUUACCGAACAGAAGGUAGUCAUUGCUGAGGAGAAGUCGGAGGCCGAAGAGGCGCUGUCGGCGGCCAUGCCAGCUCUGGAGGCCGCUAGGCUGGCUCUGGCAGACUUGGACAAGAACGAUAUCACAGAAAUCAGAUCUUUCGCCACUCCGCCUGAGGCCGUGCAGGUGGUAUGCGAAUGCGUAGUAAUCAUCCGCGGCAUCAAGGACGUGAGCUGGAAAGGCGCGAAGGGCAUGAUGGCCGACCCCAACUUCCUGAGGAACUUGCAGGAGAUGAAUUGCGACCUCAUCACGCAGAAGCAGGUCAAGGAUGUGAAGGCGCAUAUGAAGAAGAGCAAAAAGUUGGACACCAUGCAGCAGAUCAGCAAGGCUGGAUACGGCCUCCUUAAAUUCGUCAUCGCCGUACUCGGCUACUGCGCGGUCUACAAGGAAGUUAAACCGAAGAAAGACAAAGUGGAACAACUAGAGAAGGAAUACACAGAAGCGAUCAACUAUUUAGAGUCCCUGAACAGGGAGAUCAACAGGUUGCAGAGAACGUUGGAUGGCUUGAAUGCGAAAUAUGAUACGGCCAUGUUGAGGAGACAGGAGCUGCAGGAGGAAACGGAUAUUAUGAUGAGGCGGUUAAUAGCAGCAGAUAAACUGAUGUCAGGCUUGUCAAGUGAACAGAAACGCUGGACGAUAGACUUAGCCGCGCUGUACGUGGAACAGUCCCGUCUCAUCGGCAACUGUCUGCUGUCAGCCUCAUUCCUCUGCUACACCGGACCUUUCUCUUUUUCGUUCCGCGCGACGAUGAUUUACGAGGACUGGUUCGGGGAUCUCACGGAGAGAGGAAUACCGCUCACGCUACCGUUUACUGUGGAGAAGAAUUUGACUAAUGAGGUGGAAAUUAGCGGGUGGAACUCGGAGGGCUUACCGCCAGACGAGUUGUCGGUGCAAAACGGCAUCCUCACCACGAGGGCUUCCAGAUUUCCACUGUGCAUUGACCCUCAGACACAGGCUCUCUCGUGGAUCAAGAAAAGGGAAGCUAAAAAUAAUCUCAAGGUUCUAUCCUUCAACGACCCACAAUUUCUGAGACAGUUAGAAAUGGCCAUCAAAUAUGGAAUGCCAGUACUCUUCCAAGACGUCAACGAAUACAUAGAUCCGGUAGUGGACAACGUACUGGAGAAAAAUAUAAAAGUGGAGGGCGGACGUACAUUCGUGAUGCUGGGUAGCAGUGAGGUGGACUAUGAUCCUCACUUCCGCAUGUAUCUCACCACCAAACUUGCGAACCCGCAGUUCAAUCCCGCCGCGUACGCCAAGGCCGUCGUUAUCAACUACACAGUCACCGUACAGGGUCUAGAAGACCAGCUCCUCAGCGUCGUAGUGAGAGCCGAACGAGCCGAUUUGGAAGAACAACGUGAAAGUCUCAUCAUAGAGACCAGCGCCAACAAGAGCCUGCUGUCUGGGCUGGAGGACAGCCUGCUCAGGGAGCUCGCUACGUCUACAGGCAACAUGCUGGAUAACGUGGAGUUGGUCAACACAUUGGAAAAUACAAAGUCGAAAGCUGGUGAGGUGAUGGAGAAACUAACUCUUGCCGAAGCCACAACGAAAGACAUCGAAAAAUUCCGUGACGGUUACCGACCUGUGGCCAAACGCGGCUCUAUAUUAUUCUUCGUGCUCUCCGACAUGGCAGGAGUCAACAGCAUGUAUCAGUACUCGCUAUCGUCUUAUCUUGAAGUGUUUGCGUUCUCUCUGCGCAAGGCCAUGCCCAAUGUGAUCCUGACUCGACGUCUCCGAAACAUCAACGACAUGCACACAAAGAACGUCUACGACUAUGGUUGUACUGGUAUCUUUGAACGGCAUAAGCUGCUGUUCUCUUUCCAAAUGGACAUAAAGGUAGAACAGAGCGAGGACAACGUUAGUCAAGCGGAGUUGGACUUCUUUAUCAAGGGUAACGUGUCCUUAGAGAAGGCUGCCAGAGCUAAUCCUACUACCUGGCUACCCAACGCAGGUUGGCAAGACAUAAUUAAGCUGAGCAACGAUUUUCCGGAUGCGUUUGCUAGUCUUCCCGACCACAUCUCACGUGGGGUUGAAGACUGGCAAGAGUGGUUCGACAGCGACACGCCAGAAACUGCGCACAUCCCCAACGGAUACCGUGACAUCCUCAAGCCCUUCGAAAUCUUGAUGCUGCUGCGAUGCUUCCGUGUGGACCGCAUCUACCGCGCGCUCACUGACUACAUCACUGUGACCAUGGGCGAGGAAUACAUCACCCCGCCCGUCAUCAGCUUCGACGUAAUCUUUGAGCAAACCAGUCCGUUUACGCCUGUGGUGUUCAUUCUGAGUCCCGGGUCCGACCCAACUGCAGAUUUGAUGAAGCUGGCCGAUCGCUGCGGCUUCGGUGGAGGCAAAUUCAAGUAUUUAUCACUUGGUCAAGGUCAGGAAGGGGCUGCCCUCGCUCUGCUAGAAGGCGCGAUCUCCCACGGGCAAUGGCUAAUACUGCAGAACUGUCAUCUUCUAGUAUCCUUCUUGCGAGAACUAGAAAAACAAUUGGAGAUGAUGGAGAAGCCCCACCCAGAGUACAGGCUGUGGCUCACCACGGAUCCCACGCCCACCUUCCCUAUUGGCAUCCUGCAGAGGUCGCUCAAGGUGGUGACAGAGCCGCCCAACGGUCUGAAGCUAAAUCUGCGCAACACGUACUUCAAGAUGCGCGCGCACGCGCUCGAGGAGUGCACGCACCCCGCCUUUAAGAAGCUCGUGUACGUGCUGGCUUUCUUCCACGCCGUGGUACAGGAACGACGAAAAUACGACAAAAUCGGGUGGAACAUCUCAUACGAUUUCGGCGAGUCUGACUUUGCCGUGUGCAUGCAGAUUCUGAAUUGUUAUCUCGAUCGGUGCUAUGCGGCCAAGGGACCCACUCCGUGGUCCACUCUAAAGUACUUAUUUGGAGAGGUGAUGUACGGCGGCCGCGUGAUCGACGAUUUCGAUCGGCGCGUGGUGAAAACCUACAUGGACGAGUACAUGGGAGAUUUCUUGUUCGACAAGUUCCAGCCCUUCCACUUCUACAAGGACUCGACGUUCGACUACGUCAUACCGCCCGAUUGCGAGCGAGAGGAAUAUAUCUUGUUCAUCGACACGCUGCCGCUGGUGAACUCGCCGGAGGUGUUCGGGCUGCACCCCAACGCUGAGAUCGGCUACUUCAGUCAGGCCGUGCGCGAGAUGUGGGGGCACCUCAUAGAGCUCCAGCCAAAGACAAGCGAAGGCGGCGGAGCCAUGUCGCGAGAGGACUUCAUCGACAACAUCGCCGUGGACGUCCUCGGCAAGCUGCCACCGCUGUACGAAGUGUGGCGCGUGCGCAAGGCUUUCGAGAUGAACCUGACGCCCACCGGUGUUGUGCUGCUGCAAGAACUUGAACGAUUCAACCGUCUGAUCAGCCGCAUGCGUACAACCCUGACACUCCUUCGCAAGGCUUUGGCGGGCGAGAUCGGCAUGGAUGCCGUGCUGGACAAUGUGUCCUACAGUCUGUUCAACGGACAGCUGCCCAAUGUGUGGCGCGCACUCGCGCCGGCUACUUGCAAGGGGUUAGGAGGGUGGAUGGACCACUUUAUGACUCGGACUAAGCAGUACACUGACUGGGCGACAAUAGAGGAGCCAGUGGUAAUAUGGCUGUCGGGUCUGCACAUCCCCGAGUCGUACCUGAUCGCGGAGGUCCAGAUCGCGUGCCGGUUGUACACGUGGCCUCUAGAUCGUUCUACGCAGUUUACGCGCGUCACGCAAUGGACUAGCCCCGAUGACAUCGAGGAGCGUCCAACUACCGGUUGCUACGUCCGCGGCUUAUACUUGGAGGGCGCGCGCUGGGACCUCGAGGACAAGUGUCUGCGCCGCUCGCACCCCAAAGUGCUGGUUACGGAGCUUCCCGUCAUGUACAUCAUACCCAUAGAGUCGCAUAAGGUCAAACUGCAGAAUACGCUGCGAACCCCGGUCUACACGACAUCGACGCGCCGCAACGCCAUGGGCGUGGGUCUGGUGUUCGAGUCUGACUUGUGGACCGCCGAGCACGCCUCGCACUGGGUCUUACAAGGCGUGUGCCUGAUCAUGAAUACGGACUAGUGUACGUGUGGGCCUGGGUUCCAGUCCGACCUAAUGUGGACCGCCGAGCGAUGGUUGUGGGUCUGAUUAUCGGUUCCGAUUACUCAUGAAACCGUUUAGAUCUAUAAUAAUGUACACGACUCAUUCAUGUAUCUCGC